UUUCGUCACCCUGAGGAGGAGAGAGUGGGGGACGAAGAAGCUACAGCAGAAAGGGAAGCUCCUUCGAUCUGCAAUCUAUAGCUAUUGCGCUUUCUGUUUCAGAGAAUUUUGUUUCUCUCUCGUUCUCUCUCACUGUGAUUCCACCAUUUCGCCAUCAUGAUUUCUGCAACUAAGCUCAAAUCCGUUGAUUUUUACAGAAAAAUCCCGAGAGAUUUGACUGAGGCAUCGUUAUCGGGAGCGGGACUAUCCAUAUUGGCAGCUCUCUUCAUGAUGUUUUUGUUUGGAAUGGAACUAAGUAAUUAUUUGACUGUUAGCACCUCCACAUCUGUGAUUGUUGACAAGAGUUCUGAUCAUGACUAUUUACGUAUCGAUUUCAAUAUCAGUUUUCCUGCACUCUCUUGUGAGUUUGCAUCAGUUGAUGUGAGUGAUGUGCUGGGAACAAACAGGCUCAAUAUAACAAAAACAGUUCGGAAGUUUUCUAUUGAUUCAAAUUUAAGACCCACUGGAUCUGAGUUUCAUUCAGGUACAUUUGCAAAUGCUGUAAAGCAUGAUGAUGAAGUAGAAGGAGAAUCUGUUGAAGGUUCAUUAGCACUUACAACACAUAAUUUUGAUAAUUAUGUUCAUCAGUUCCCAAUUACAGUUGUAAAUUUUUAUGCACCUUGGUGUUCCUGGUGUCAGCGUUUGAAACCUGCAUGGGAGAAAACAGCUAAACUUAUGAAAGAGAGGUAUGACCCAGAAAUCGAUGGGCGCAUUAUUUUGGCAAAGGUGGAUUGCACUCUAGAGGCAGAUUUAUGCAGGAGGAAUCAUAUUCAAGGAUAUCCAUCCAUUCGAAUCUUCCGUAGAGGAAGUGAUGUCAGAAGUGAACAUGGGCAUCACGAACACGAGUCCUAUUAUGGCGAUCGUGAUACAGAAAGCCUUGUCCAGUUUAUGGAGAGUUUAGUUGCAUCUCUCCCAACAGCAUCUCAAAAGCCAGCUCUGGAAGAUAAGUCUAAUGCUGCAGAAAAUGCAAAAAGGCCAGCACCAUCAGCGGGUGGAUGUAGAAUUGAGGGAUAUGUGCGAGUGAAAAAGGUUCCAGGAAAUUUGAUCAUCUCAGCUAGAUCUGAUUCCCAUUCUUUUGAUGCUUCUCAAAUGAACAUGUCACAUGUCAUAAACAACUUGUUUUUUGGAAAGAAAGUGACGCCUAGGGCCAUGAGUGAUGUGAAGCUCUUGAUACCAUACAUAGGUAGCAGCCAUGAUAGGCUCAGUGGCCGGUCAUUCUCUAAUACUCGUGAUUUCGGAGCAAAUGUUACUGUAAGUGAAAUAUUUUAUAUGAAAAACAGAAAAACUUAUUAUUGUUAGUUGGAUAUUCAGUAU